CAACCAAAAAAAAAAAAAAAAAUCCAUUUAUAUAUAUCUCUCUUUUCAAUUUUACUAUCCGUUUUUCCCUGGAAAAUUGAGAGCUUCUUCUGAUCCCUCUAUAAACUUGAAAAGAAAGAGAGCAGUUUGCUUUGUUAUUUUUAACUUCGUGGCCUUUCCUAAAGACCCCUCUUCAGAUCUACUUGCUUCGUCUACUAGAUACAGAUUGCAGAGAGAGGUGGACGACGAGAGAUACAUAUAUAGAUACACACAAGAGAUUGAGAGAGAGACAGAGCACAGAAGAUCCGAGCUGCGGGUUUCUGAUUUUCUUUUGUUUGUGAGUCGUUUCUGUAUUUGAAGUUGAAGUAACUGGAACCUAAAUAAGGCAAAGAAAAUGAAGAAGAGAAACCAAACAAGUGAUGCUAUGGAUAGCAAGGACCGUAAUUGGGACUUCAAAAAGAUUAUGAAAGACAUUGAGUUUUUGGAUGCCUCACAUAUGACAUGGAAAGAGAGGAAAGACUUGGAGAACCAGAAAGUAGUGUCUCUCGGGGGCAAGCCUCCAAAGAAACAAAGGCUGCCUUUAAGUGUAGCACGUGUGCAAAUGAAGAAACAAAAGGAAAGAGAGGAGAAAAUGCUUCAAGAGAAUAUGAUUCUUGGACGCUUUGGAGGUAAGCUUGGUGGUGGGGCUAAAAGAUCAGUAGAAAAGCGCAAACCCGAGAAUGGGGUGCUGAGAUCAAGCGAUGGUUAUUUCAGAAAUGGUGUACUUGAUGUGAAGCAUAUGUUAAACCCAGCCCCAUCAAAAAAUAAUGAUUCUGGUAACCACAUGGUUGGUAAAGGGAAGAAGAAGGAGAGUGGAAAGAAGAAUCGAGGAAAGAAGAAAGGUGGUGGUAGAAAGCGCCAUUGAACACACAUGAUUGUAAUCUUUGCCUACAGGACGAGUAGAAUCUUCAACUGCUGGAUCCCAAAUGACGCCGAGAAGGAUACUCGUUUUUGCCUAUGCUCUUCAGUUUUUGCUCAUUCUUACUUGCAGUUCCUAAGUAGUUAAGUUAUAUGACUCCUUGUUUUCCUUUAAAAAAAAAAAUAUGGAAUUUUUAGAGUAACUCAACACACAAAGAUACUGCAUUAGUAGCUGUAAACAAUUGGAUCUUACGGCCGGAACGAGCCAAUUUAUUCAGUAAGAACAGUGAUGCAAUUCAAUCCCAUUACUUCAA